GGAGUGGUCAUUGGGGAUUUAAAGAGUCACCACUUCCGUAGACUCCCAGAGGGCACUAGGAGGUCACAGCUGGCUGCAGAGGGAUGAGGGACACCAGCAUAGGCGGCCGAGCCUCUGCUCCCCUGCCUCAGCCAUGCACCUCUGCAGGGGAGAUGAGCUGCUGACCAGGAAAGAUCCCGAGGAGCUUCAGAGGCAGCUGAAGAAGAAACAGAAGAACCGGACGGCUGCCCAGUGCAGCCGACAGAAGCACACAGACAAGGCAGAUGCCCUGCACCAGCAACACGAAUCCCUGGAAAAACAAAACCACGCCCUGCGGAAGGAGAUCCAGGCCCUGCAAUCGGAGCUGGCAUGGUGGAGCCAGACCCUGCAUAUGCAUGAGUGCUACUGCUUGGCUCCAGAGUCCCCCAGCUGCUGGGACCAAGCGGAGAGGCCACACAUCCCCACCCCUCAGAGACAACAGGGCUGCCAGGAGCAGCCUGGGCUAUUUCAGCCUCCAGUCUGCUCUCUGCCAGCUCAGCAACUCUCUCCAGGUCCACAGCCCGCUGGUUCCCCUGGCCUCCUCACAUCCCCUAUGCCCUUGCUAACACUGUCCCCAACUAUGGUUACUAUACCUCCUGCCCAAUUGCCCCGCAGCUCUGUCCUGUCUGCCACUGGCUUCAGCCUGCCAGGGUCUUCCUAUAAGCUCAGUGCCCUCCUACCCAGCUCCACAGUCCAACCUGCCCCUCUACAGCCCAUUGAGCUGGAGCACUCCAUUGAGGGCAGGCUGGGGUACUCUCCCUGCAACCCUUCAGGUGCUCUGAGACUUGCAGGUCAGCAGAGCAGGGAGCACAAGCUUGCUUUCUCUGCAGCAGACUGGCAGGGGCUGGGUGUGGAUUCCAGCCCCCACCCUGUCCUGGCCUUCCCUCUGCUUUCCUCUGCUCAAGUCCGCUUCUAA